GGCAGUAUUCACAUGCUCUUCCGGUAGCGAAACCGAUACAAUUGCGAUUUUUGACGAAUCGAAAUUAGGAUUUGCUAUAGUUGGUCACAACAAGGCCAUGCAGGCUAACAGACUUUCAUACGUUUUAAAUUUAAACGGACCUAGUUUCACRAUAUUAACAUCAUUCACUGGUGGUGUGGACGCAAUAGUGAUGGCUAAGCACAUGAUUGAAAAAGGUCAUAUCAGAACUGCGAUAAUUGGAGGUUGCAAUCUGGUGCAAAGACCCAAUUUAUCACUUCAAUUGAAAGGUUUAGGUGUUCUAAACGACGGGAUAGAGACGCGGUCGUUUAGUGAUGAUGCAAACGGCUUCAACAGGUCUGAAUCGUGCGUGGCCAUAUUACUACAAAAUUCUUUGGACGCAAAACGAUCAUAUGGUACAAUAAUGAGUGCAAAAAUGGAACAGUAUGGAGACCUCAGAGGAGUAUUUACUAAUUACUCCACUGAACGUUACAAACAAAUAGUAAUGGAGGCAUACGCAGAAGCUGGAAUAGAUCCUGCUAACGUGACUUAUAUUGAAGCUGAUGGAUGUGCAAUCAAGAAUGUAGAUGCAAUGGAGUUAGACAUUAUAAAAGAUGUAUUUUGCCCUUCUCAUCGAAAAGAACCAUUGAAAAUCGGUUCGAUAAAAAGCAAUUUAGGCCACACUGAUGCUUCAGCUGGUCUUGUAUCGAUAGUAAAAUCAAUCAUCGCAAUGGACACCGGUUUUAUACCUCCUAAUAUAAAUUUUAACACACCAAACAGUGGAUCAGAUGCUCUUACAUCUGGAAAAGUGCAGAUUGUCACAGAAAAAACUCCAUUAAAUGGUGAUAUCAUAGGAUUAAAUAUUUUCGGUAGAACUGGAAAUUAUGGUCAUGUUAUCAUGAAAAAGUUUAACAAACAGAAAAAGAGAAUAUAUGCAAAAGACGAAAUGUUCGAUGACGGUUUACCGAGAUUAAUUCUUGUUUCUGGCCGUAGUGAUGUUGGGGUUAGGAAAACAAUAAAAACGAUCGAAAGUUACAAUGUCGAUGAAGAAUACACUUCAUUGCUGCAUAAAGUAUACUCCAAAAACAUAAAUGCGCAUUUCAAUCGAAGUUUCUUCAUCAUUCCCACGCCGGGCCCGUGUAGAGAAAAAGACGUUUAUUCAAUUACAAAUGAAAAACCUCCCGUGUGGUUCGUAUUCUCUGGUAUGGGGUCRCAAUGGUUUGGUAUGGGUGCGCAGCUGUUACGAAUACCAAUUUUUGCCAAAGCCAUUGAAAAGUGUGACAGGGUCCUGCGGCCGUUAGGUGUCGACAUAAUGAAUGUUAUAACGAGCCUGGAUCCAUCGUUGUUUGACAACAUCAUAAACUCGUUUGUUGGUAUAUCGGCGAUUCAGAUUGGUUUGGUAGACAUUCUGAGGRCAUUGGAUAUCGAACCGGAUGGUAUGAUUGGACAUUCCCUCGGUGAGUUAGGUUGCGCUUACGCCGACAAUUGCUUCACCGCCGAAGAGAUGAUAAUGGCUGCAUACGCUCGGGGUCGGGCCUCCAUAGACUCAAAUCUUUUAAAUGGCAUGAUGGCWGCCAUAGGUCUUGGUUAUAAUGCCCUUAAAGACCGGUUACCACAUGACAUAGAUAUAGCGUGUCACAACUCAUCGGAGAGCUGCACGAUAUCUGGGCCCACCAAAAGUGUGUCGGAAUUCGUUGAAAAACUCAAAUCGGAAAAUGUUUUUGCUAGGUUGGUCAACGCUUCGAAUAUCUCAUUCCACAGCCGGUACAUACAACCAGCAGGCCCGAUUUUACUUGAUUACCUGACUAAAAGCAUACCUAAUCCAAAACCGAGAUCGUCACGAUGGCUCAGUACUUCCAUACCAGAGUCAGAAUGGAAUACAAAUUUAGCUCGUUAUUGUUCAGCAGAAUAUAAUGUCAACAAUCUACUAAGUCCCGUGCUGUUUGAGGAAACAUGUGUGCACAUACCAAGCAAUGCCAUCGUCAUUGAAAUUGCACCACAUGGUCUUCUCCAAGCCAUACUCAAACGAUCAAUGAGCAAAUUGGUUCACAUCCCGUUGACUCAAAAAGUAUUUGGAGAUUCCGUGAGAUAUUUGUUGAUGGCUAUCGGAAAGAUGUAUUGCAGUGGAUUGAAUCCAAACAUAGAAAUGUUGUACAACCCUGUUAGUUAUCCAGUGGCUAGUGGUACUCCACCUCUGCAUACGUUGUGUUCAUGGAAUCAUGAAGAAGUAUGGUCAACCCUCGAUGUGAAAAUACUGAUAAAAAAGAAUAAAGGUGAGAGGCUUAUUUCGCUGUCGCCUUCYACAAACAGUUCAAUCGAAGAAUAUGAAAUAAACGGCCACCACGUUCUUCCACUUUCAGCACUAUUGUUUUAUACGUGGGAAUCGUUUAAUAAAUUACGUGAUGAACCCGACAUGACCUUACCCGUUGUCUUUCAAGAUGUUCACUAUCAUCAACAUGUCGUAAUAAACAAGAUCCAAUCCGGUGAUUUGUGUACGGCAAUACAAAGUGGAACUGGACGAUUUGAACUGUGCUUAAACAACAUAAUGAUUUUGUCUGGAUACAUUAUUGAAUUUGACCAACUGAAUUCRAAUAAAGAUGCAACAACGGYGCAUGAGGAAAACGUGAAUAGCGGUGGCAGGAAUUCUAUAGUAUCGUUGAGUCACGACGAUGUCUACUCAAGUCUCGAACAGUUCGGCUGCAAUGUUGGUGACGUUUUCAAGACAAUUCGGCACGUGAACAUCUACGAAGAUAGAUUAGAAGCAGAUGUAUCGUGGGAUAACAAUUGGAUACACUAUCUAGACGCCAUGUUGCAGCUGGCGACAGUUCAUCAUAUGGAGAAACGUGGAGAAUUCGUGGUUCCAGUUUCGUUCCAAGAAAUAUUUAUCCAUCCAUCCACGUUGUUGGAAAGUUCAGAACCGACAGAUUUUUCCGCACAGUACAAUGUAUUUACAAACGAAGUUACAUGCGAAGGCAUCAAGAUUUCUUUACCCUGUUUCGAAGUAAUGCCAUUGGAUCCGUUGGUGAAGACCACGUUCCAGCUUAGAGAACAAGGUUUAAUCGAUUUAUCCAAUCCCAGUAUAAAAAGUYCGAUAGAUUUCAUUGACACAUGCAUGGACAUAGUGCUUGAACACAGACAGUGCGACGAUUUUGAAAAUGUUUUCAUGUAUCCAUUGUACGAUGGUCAGGAUGCCGAGAUGGAAAAUCACUCCAAUCAUAUUGUAAAAACUAAUGGUAUUGAUGUGGUAAUGAUAGAAGAUGAUGACAACUCGGGACGACAAAAUAUGAAAUCAGAAAACUCGCAAUACGUYGCAUUAACUCGAUAUGAAACGUUGUCACGAGCUAUGUUUUUGAUGAAAAAUAAAAGUCGUGUUCACUUGAUUGUAUUUUCAAACGGUCCUUUAUCUGACAGUAAUGAUUAUACGGUAGUGCUGCAACAGAAAUUCGGGAACAACUAUAUUUCUUUAGUUAAAAAGAUUUUAAAAAUCGACAGUGAUGCUAUUAUACAAAGAUUGACUUCAGAAAAUAUAAAUUGCUGCGAUCAAUUUCAGGAUUUGAUAAUUAAUUUAAAAUCUUUAAAUAAAACCAUUUACCUAGUGUCUAAAAUUGAACCGGUUGAUGGAAUAUUAUCGUUAGUGAAAAAAACAAAUAAAAUAAAAAAUAUUCGGUUUUUCUUCAUGCUGGAUAAUUCUGCUCCUGGAUUUAGUACAAGUAAUCCAUUUUAUUCAAAACAAAUAGCCAAAGACUUAUUAGUUAAUGUCUAUCAAAAUGGACGAUGGGUUAUGUAUAAGGAAAUCAAAUUCAUAAAUGUUAUAAAUACCCAAAAAUCUAUGAAAAAGAYACUUCUGGCUAACUUAUCUAAUACAUCAAUCAAAAAUGUUUCUGUAAAGUAUAUCGGUCUGAAUCCCCAAGACACGAUUGUCGAUAUGAGAAACAACAAUGUUGAGUACGACGAAUUAGGACCUAUUGAGUACUCCGGUAUGACGUCUGACGGGUCUUUGGUGAUGGGCAUUGCGCCAUUUAUACCAACAGUUUCUGAUAUCACUGCUGAUCCUAUUCUAUCAUGGACAGUUCCUAAAAAUAUGUCUCUUGAAGAAGCAUCGACCAUUCCGGUGCCAUAUUCAAUGGCGUAUUACAUGUUGAUCGUAAUUAGUAAGAUAACCAAAGAGCAUUCUGURUUAGUACAUUCUGGAUUAACUGCUGUAGGCCGGUCAGCCAUAGAUAUAUGUAUAGAAAAAAAAUGUCAAGUUUAUGUCACCGUAUCAGAUUCCAGACAAAUGGAACUGUUAAAACAGAGAUUCCCGUUGCUUCCACAUUCAAACGUAAUAAUUUACGACAAAGAAAAUUUCGAAAUUAAAUUCCUCAUGGCGAACAAUAAAAUGAACGUAAUCAUAAACUGCCUGGAAGGAGAAGAUUUUCACGCUACUGUUCGAGUAAUUGCAGAUCAUGGACAUUUUUUCCAACUGACCAAAAGUGACAUGAAAAAGAAAUAUAAAAUGGGUAUGUGGGCAUUUAUGAAUGCUUUAUCGUUCUUUUCUAUCGGUAUGGGUAAAUUAAUGGCAGAAUGUGAAGAAACAAAGCAGGCCAUUAAACAAUUAAUCGAACAAGGCUUACAGAAYGGUACGAUCAAACCAUUUGAUCGGCAUGUACUGACCGGAGCAUGCACGGGAACCCAAGCUCUUGAGACCCUCGAGAAAUUGACUCGAGAAAACGAAUUUAAACGCGUCGUGAUAUCCACGUCGAAAGCCAACAACGUCAAAAACGAGAUUCACCAAUUCCAGUGCUGUCCGGACAAAGUGUAUUUUGUAAUCGGAAACGCAUGUGACGAUUGGUUGUGUUUGGUGGAAUGGUUGGCGCAACGAGGUGCGUUAAAAGUAGUCGUGGGUUUGGAAACUCAUUCACUGACGCCGUCAGUUUCGCGGAAAUUCAACAUCUUUCUUGAUCGUUAUAAGGGGAUCACCGUGCAAUUGGUGUCACAAUCACUGUUGGACACCGAACAAUCGGCUCGCGAUUUAUUGAACAGUUCGAUAACAAUAUAUCMAUUGGCUGCGGUAUUCUUCGUGAGUGGUGUGAAGGAAAAAAUGAUUGAAAACAUGCGAUUGGCAAUGGAUCAAAUCACAGAACACAAUAGGAAAACGCUGUUCGCGUGCUUAUUCUGCGGUGGGGCAAAAACGUGUGACCGAUUAAAGUCAACUGGCAUCAACGCGCUGUGCUUAUCAUGGGGUCAGAACGGUGACAAACCCAAGCUAAGAAAAAUCAUACCCAUACUGGAGAAUUUAAUUCUGAAAUCCGACACGCUCACUAAUGCUGUAGUCGUGUGCUCGGAACACGUAGCUGAAAAAUUKACAAAUUCCAAAGUGCUGCAGAAAGACCACAACAACAUGUUUUUACCAAGUACCAUCGACGAAUUGGAACAUAAUUCAAAGUACAUAGUUGUCGGUAAUCCGGACUUUGUGGAAGUGACUACCAAAAGCGUAUUGUACGCCGACGCCAAAGGAGCGUAUCCCAUAUUCGUUUUACCAGGUUUCCAACCCAGCUGCAUGACAAACUUGUACAACAACCUGGGAUACCCGACUUUCGAGGCCCGAUACCCAUCUAAAUUUGAAUCAAUCAAUAGCGUUGCCAGCGAUCUCGUAAAAAAACUUAGACAAAUAACCGAACACCGCGCAGUCACUCUGAUCGGAGAAUCUUGGGGUGGUGCAGUUGCUCUGAUAAUGGCUCAAAUAUUGGAAAAUGAAGGCAUUUUGGUAUCGCUGUCGCUGUUGAACGGAGUACCAAGCACCCUUCUCAGUUGGACCAACAAAAAUUUCCUUAUUGACGACAGCAUAAACGCGUCGUUGCUUUCGAGAUACUUUUCGAUCGACUGUGAGACGGCCAAAAGAUUUUCAUCUCAACAUGAAUGGGACAAGAACAUUAUCCAGCUACUCCAAUCGAACGAGAUCACGGCUACUCGUGAAGUGAACAGCUCGUUAAACAUGAUACAAACACAACUCGACACGUUGAUUAAACUGAAACCAUUAUCCAAUAAACUACUAUCGAUACCCCAAAUAUUCGUAUCUAACGAGCUAUCCGACACGACUUUGGAUGCCUUAAAUAAAUUUUGCAUCAACCAGCCUGUUAUUCACAUUGUCGCUGAAGCAAACUGUAGAAAUAUGUUAAAAAACUCAAAUGUUAUCAAAACGAUCAAUGAAAACGUAGCGUUUGAUUACCCACACAGCUCAAUAUUGUCUUUGGAUGACAAAUAUAGUCGACACUAUUAUAGUACCGAAGUUUCAUUAGUGUGUUAACAAAUAUUUUAUUUUUCAAAUAGUUAUUGAUUCAAGUGCCAAUUAUUUGUCAGUGAAUUUGAUACGUUUGAAYGAUGAUAUACUAUUUAAUAUUGUUUAUUUAUUAUCGAAAUAAAACAUUUCGUAUUUUAGA